UUUUGUCAAAGAAGCCGGCUGGCAAUGUCGUGCUUUUUUUUAGAUAUUAACAAUUCUUAAGAAUAUAUUUAUACUAGACAACGUUUUAAUAGUCGUCUACUUCAAGAACUACUAAAUGAAGUACAAAUAUUUUCAUAAAUAAGUUAUCCCCACCAUUCAGCAACGAUUAUGGCUACAAAGGCAGAAGGUGAUCUUCGUGAUGGGUUAUCAGCGCGUGAAAUGUUCAUCAACAGUGAAGGACUUACCUAUAACGACUUCCUGCUGCUCCCCGGCUACAUAGACUUUACGGCCGAGGAAGUCGACUUGACGUCUCCUCUCACCAAGAAAAUCAACCUCAAGGCACCGCUCGUGUCCACUCCUAUGGACACUGUAACAGAAGCCGACAUGGCGAUCGCGAUGGCGCUGUGCGGAGGCAUCGGCAUCAUCCAUCACAACUGCACGCCCGAGUACCAAGCUAACGAAGUGCACAAAGUCAAGAAGUACAAACAUGGUUUUAUUAGGGACCCAGUCUGUAUGGGCCCUCAACAUACUGUUGCUGAUGUCAUAAACGCAAAAAAGCUAAACGGUUUCACAGGCUACCCUAUAACAGAGAAUGGUAAACUUGGAGGCCGUCUGAUUGGAAUUGUUACUUCAAGAGAUGUGGAUUUCAGGGAGGGAGACCCUCACCUGAGCCUUAAGGAGGUCAUGACUCCAAUAGAAGACAUGAUAACAGCGCAGUCCGGUGUUACAUUGCAAGAUGCCAAUUACAUAUUGGAAAAAAGUAAGAAAGGAAAACUGCCAAUAAUAAAUGGUGCAGGUGAGUUAGUAGCACUAAUUGCUAGAACCGAUUUAAAGAAAGCACGCAGCUAUCCCAAUGCAUCUAAAGAUUCCAACAAACAGCUUCUAGUAGGAGCCGCGAUAGGUACUCGUGAAGCUGACAGGGAGCGUCUCAAAUUACUAGUCAGUAACGGAGUAGAUGUCAUUGUGUUAGACUCAUCACAGGGAAACUCUAUCUAUCAGAUAGAAAUGGUUAAAUUCAUAAAAAGUACUUACCCUGACAUUCAGGUCAUUGGAGGUAAUGUUGUCACACGUAUGCAGGCAAAGAAUCUCAUAGAUGCGGGUGUGGAUGCCCUGAGGGUUGGCAUGGGCAGCGGCUCCAUCUGUAUCACCCAAGAAGUCAUGGCAUGCGGCUGUCCUCAGGCUACUGCAGUCUACCAAGUUGCAUCUUAUGCCAAUCAAUUUAACGUGCCAGUAAUUGCUGAUGGGGGCAUACAAUCAGUAGGCCAUAUUGUCAAAUCUCUAGCUUUAGGAGCCUCCACAGUAAUGAUGGGAUCCCUGCUCGCCGGCACCUCUGAAGCUCCUGGAGAGUACUUCUUUUCUGAUGGAGUUAGGCUUAAAAAGUACAGGGGGAUGGGAAGCUUGGAAGCUAUGGAAAACAAGGAUGGUAAAGGAUCUGCCAUGAGCCGAUAUUUCCACAAGGAGUCUGAUAAGCACCGAGUGGCUCAGGGUGUGAGCGGAAGUAUUGUGGACAAAGGUUCGGUGUUACGCUUCCUGCCAUACCUACAGGCUGGCAUGCAGCAUAGCUGUCAGGACAUUGGCGCGCGCUCUGUGUCCCGACUGCGCGAGAUGAGUGUCUCAGGAGAUCUGAGAUUUAUGAAAAGAACAUACUCUGCCCAACUGGAAGGCAAUGUACAUGGCUUGUUUUCUUAUGAAAAGAGAUUGUUCUAAGAUUCCAUUAUUUUAUACCUUUGUGAUAUGAUAUACUAUUACUAUUUCCUGCAAGUCAAUAGAGAUCUAAGAAAAGUAAAACAAAGUAUUGUACUAAUUUAAGCCAGAAGCCAAUAAAAUAUAUUUUGUUUUGUAUAUUAUGAAAUGUUAAAGACUAUUCCAUUUACAGAAAAUUAACAAAUUAUUGCAUUUUGGAGAUGUUCUGUUUUAUGUUCAUAUUGUAUUGUUAAGUGCUAUAAUUAUCACGUUGGUGUAAUCUUCGUGUUGUAUUCUGGUCCUUUACAUUAUUAUGUAAAGGACCAGAUGCUAUGGAAUACAUAUUUACAAUUAAAGUGUGAAUUCAA